UAGCAACCACGCUCCUCCCCUCCUGUCUUUGGCCCACAGCAAUUGGCUGACUCUCUUGAUCCAUAUCAAGCAUUGGUCAGCGGGGCCUCGCUCUCGGAGCGUCCUCACCCUCCUGUGAAGUUCUAAAGGCUGAUUGGACCCUCUGGAGUCUUCCUGAAGCUGCGUGGGCGCCCUUCCCAGGAGCACAGACCCCGUGUCCUCUGGGGAGUAGUGGAGUCAGCGUCGGGACUGGUGGAACAUGACUUCUAUAAAGGAGCAGGCGGCAAUCAGCCGCCUCCUGAGUUUUCUGCAAGAGUGGGACAAUGCUGGCAAAGGCCUGAGAACGCAGAUUCUUACCAAGUUCAUCGAAACCAACGAAGGGAAGACUGGCCCUGAGCUGGAGCUGGAGUUUUCCCAGGGAGCCAGCUUGUUCCUCAUACGGUUGACCACCUGGCUUAGAAUCACCUAUAUGACUGGCUUGGAUCUAGAGAAGAUCCUGAGGUCCAUUGGCAUCUUCUUGUCUGCUGUGAGCAGCAAUCGGUACCUAAUAGAAUUUCUUGAGAUUGGAGGUGUCCUAACACUCUUGGAAAUACUUGGCCUAGAGAAAAUCAAGGAAGAGGACAAAAAGGAAUCCAUCAAACUACUUCAGAUUAUUGCAAAUACUGGCAGGAAGUACAAGGAACUCAUCUGUGAAAGCUACGGUGUGAGAGCCAUAGCAGAAUUUCUGGCAAAGUCUAAAUCAGAAGAGACCCAGGAGGAGGUGCAGAUUCUGCUGGAUGCUCUGGUCCAUGGUAACCCCAAGUACCAGAAUCAAGUCUAUAAAGGUCUCAUAGCUCUGCUGCCCUGUAGGUCCCCCAAAGCCCAGCAGCUGGCCAUGCAGACUCUCAGGAUUGCCCAGGCAAUCAUUGGAGCGACGCACCCCAGCAUCGUGGACUGUGUGUUGAAGGUUCUGGGCACAAUGCACCUGGAGGUCCAGUACGAAGCCAUCGAGUUGAUAAAGGACCUGAUCCACUAUGACGUGCGCUUGCCGCUGCUUAAAGGCCUUGUGGCGCUGCUCAUCCCACCAGUCAAGGAAACAUCCAAACUGCAGGCCAAGAUCUUCACUGACUCUUCAGUUCUCCAGAUCACCACCCAGCUACCAGUGUUCCUGCAGCAGGCCGCAGCCGCCAAGACCAUUGGGAUCCUGGCACGCGGUGACUUGAAACUGGCAGAGGAGCUGCUGCACUUUCGCGUGGUCCACAGCCUCAUGACAGCCAUGGGCAACACCGACCACAGCAAUAGCCAGAGACUGGCCAGUCUCACACUAGAGUACUUUGUGCAGCUGUUCCCAUUGGUGGAGGAGCAUGUCCGCAAGGCCAUGGGGGAGGAACUCUACCAGCUCUUUCUUCUAGGAAGCUGGGAGCAGGACCUCUCUGCCUCAGCAGCUCUGCUUGCAGUUAACCUUCCUCUCAGGCCCCACUCCAGGAGCCCGCUGCUCUGGUGCCCAGCCAGGCUCCCCUGCUUCCAUCCUCAGAGCAAUGCUGAGAUCUUGUACACAAAAAUAGAUAGCAUUCAGGCGGACAUCUUGGCAGCCAACAAAGUCAAUGUUACCAAAGCCUUACACCUCUGUGAAGGCACCAACGCCAGCUGCCUCAACUUUUUCAUGGGCCCUGGAGAUUUGAACGAUGUGGAAUACGUCACCCAUCUUGAGAAGCUCAAUUCAGAAUCCAAGGAGUGACAGAGUCCCUGUGGCAAACCAGGAGGCCAAGACUGUGCCUCGAGGAAGGCUGUCUGCCAGGAGGAGCUGUUGAAGACGGGUCUACUCGGUUCUGGGUGGGAAACCGGGAGUUAGCAAAUGCAGGGGAAGAGGGGGAGCUGUUGCUGCAGAAGGGUCUAAUAAAGGGUUCGCAUAUCUGUGCUGUGUAGUUGGACAGGAAUGGGAAUCACAAGAGCUGUGUAACAAGGUUGGGGGUGUUCCUACUUACCAAUAACAGGUCCCAAGGGAAGGGCCCUCAAGACCCUGGAAGAGCACCAGGGCAUGCUGUGGAGCACCAAGGCCCUUGCUCCUUUAAGACAGUGGUUCUCAGGCUCUCUAAUGCUGCCAUCCUACAUGAGUGGGUGAUGAGCCAUGGGCCACGGGGGUGAAGCAGUAAAAUGUCAGAUUCUAGAGACACAGAAAAGGAAAGCGUGAACAUAGGUGUCGGACCUCCACGCUGUCCCACACUGUAGAGCAUUUCAACAAGCACUAUUAACCCUCAGUCAUAGAAGGUGAAGCUGACAGUACGGAUACCAACUAUUUAAAAAGAUUAGAAAGGCUCCUACUAUAAAUGUAAGCUUAUAUGAACAUUACAUUAUAAUUCUAUAUUGCUUUAAAUUCUCACCUAAAAAAUUACAACAUAGGUCCUGUGGAGCCAACACAGAACCUCCAAAAAUUGGUUUGAGCAUGAACUCUACAGCAUAGGUUAGAAGCUGGCCGCGUAAACUUCUCAAAGAAGUGGAAUCUUACAUUAGUAAUGGUUACUUUUCCUCAACAAUUUAUACAAAUAAAUAAACUGUGUAAUAUCUCA